AUGCACCUGUACGCUAUACCAAAAUUAAAUCGGGACUGUACAUCCGGCUAUGAGGGCAGGAAAUUCUUCAAAGAAAUACCGCUCCAUUUCAGAAAUCGUAAAGCUGAAUUCAUUGUGACUGAUCGUGGGAUAAAAUUAAUCCUUCUUAACGGUUACACCUUCUUUAAGAACAGUCACCUCCAAGACGGUGGCUCGAAGUAUUCUUGCUCCAGUCAAACCAGCAAGAACUGCAAAGCUUACUUAGACGUAGACAUAAACAAUGCUAUAAUUGGUGAUCCCAACCACAAUCAUUCUCCCACAAACUUCGAUAAAAUUGCAUCCGGCUGUUACUUUGGAUGUCGCAUGUCAAAUUUCCAAACCAGGGAUCUCGAGGAUUUUAUCUUCCACCACCACCAUCUGUGUCAAUUAAAUCGGAACACAAUCUACGCUUCGCGAAGACAGCUAAUGGGGGCACAAUAA